AUGGGAUUCCUGUCCUUCCUUAGAAACGAGCGGCUUUUUGCUGCCGGCCUCGGCCUGACCACCGUCGGCUUUUACUUUGCUAUGCGGACAAUCCUCGAGUACUACCGCGACGAAGCCGAGAUCAAGCCAACGCCACCAAAAACUCAGUACAUCACUCAGGAGACCGAAGACUCUCUGAAGCUAGGGACUCUCGAGAGCCUCCUCUUCCAUUACAACUUCGCGAUACGUGACACGGCGUUGAAGAUUGUUGCCGGAAGGGCCGUUAAUGAUGGCCCAACGAUGAGCUACUUGUUGUGGGGAAUCACCCGCAAGGACUAUGAGGAGCGUAUGGAGGCGCUGAGAGCACUCGCCUUCGCCAUGGAAGAUAAGGAGACGUUCCACGAGCCGCUGAGCGCACUGAACACUUCGAGAGCCUACAGCGCCCUUGUUAGGUCUCUCGAGCUAUGUCUUGACGACGUAGAGCACGAAAAACUCGACGACCCCUUGUACGACGAGUAUUACCUCCGGGAUAUCGGCGAGCGGCGAUGCCUCCUGCUAGCUUCACAGCUGAUCCAUAGAUAUGGCAUGGAGAAGCUCGUGAAAGCCGGGUUUGUGGCGAGGUGGCUCGCGCGACAACCGUGGGGGGAUACUGACGAAGAGAGACAAAAGAACUUUGCCUCGUAUAUUGAGCGAAAGAAGAACCGCAUUAGCGACAUCUGCUUCCACCUCAAGACGUCUAAGGCGGGCCAAAGGGCCCUAUUGCAGGCGAAGUUGAUCACCAAGUCCAGGAAGCUAAAGCGCGAUAGAGGCGAUCACAUCAAGGUUGUCCUGGAGAUUAGUAUGACCAAUGAAGACGACCAGGAGGGGCCUUCCUGGCACGCACUUGUCCCUCGCGUGAACGACCAGAGCGCCGAGGAGCAACGCCUACGCAGGAGACACCGAGAGGCUAUGGUACUCAACGACGGGACACACUCCCUGGGACGCAGCGACAUUAUCGAGCGGGAGCACGACUCUAACAGCUGA